AUGCCUCCCAAGCGCAAGUCCCCAGCGACGGCUGCCCCUGCGGCGGGGUCCCCGAGGAAGACGCGGAGCAUGGCUGCUGCAGGGAAGCGGGGAACGGAGCCUGCUCCGGCGAAGGCAGUGCCAGCUAAGAAGGAAAACGAGGCGGCGGUUGCCGAGCCGAAGGCUAGGAAGAGAGCCAUGAAAGACGAGGCGGUGACGGUGGCCACCGAGCCGAAGGGGAGGAAGACGGGCAAGAAGGAAGCCGAGGCGGCGGCGCCAGCGGCAGAGGAGGAGGAUGGGGGUGAUGCGGUGGCAGGAGGGAAGCGUGUCGUCGUCGAGGCCUGCACCCAGUGCAGACAGUUUAAGAUCCGAGCUCAGAAGGUGAAGGAGGACCUGGAAAGUUCUGUUCCGGGGGUGUCUGUGAUAAUCAACCCUCAGAAGCCACGCCGUGGUUGCCUUGAGAUACGUGAAGAAGGUGGCGAAGUGUUCAUAUCAUUGUUGAACAUGCCACGCCCCUUCGCACCAAUGAAGAAGCUCGACAUGGACAAGGUUAUCAAGGACAUCGCCAAGAAAAUCUCCUAA